CUGCCUCGCGCCUUCCUGAGCUGAGCGGGUCCCCGGAGUGUGACCCGAGCUAGCGGAAGAGGACGGUGCGGCCAGUCGGCCGUGCGGUGACUAUAGCCACCUGCCCGAGCCCCGUGGCCCGCCCUCUGAUCUUGGCGAUGCGCCGUGGCGCCGCCUGGGCGCUGCUGCUGGCCGCAGCCCUGGGGCUCGGGGCGCGCGGGGUGCGCGCUGCGGUGGCCCUCGCCGACUUCUACCCGUUCGGCACGAAGCGUGGCGACGCCGUCACCCCGAAGCAGGACGACGGCGGCUCAGGGCUGCAGCCCCUCUCGGUGCCCUUCCCGUUCUUCGGCGCCGAGCACUCAGGACUCUACGUGAACAACAACGGGAUCAUCUCCUUCCUGAAGGAAGUUUCUCAGUUCACCCCCGUGGCCUUCCCCAUCGCCAAAGACCGCUGCGUGGUAGCGGCCUUCUGGGCAGACGUGGACAACCGACGCGCAGGCGAUGUCUACUACCGGGAAGCCACCGACGCAGCCAUGCUGAACAGAGCCACGGAGGACAUCAGGCGGUACUUUCCUGAGCUCCCGGACUUCUCUGCUACCUGGGUUUUUGUUGCCACUUGGUACCGUGUGACCUUCUUCGGAGGCAGCAGCUCUUCCCCCGUCAACACAUUCCAAACGGUGCUCAUCACUGACGGCCGGUUCUCCUUCACCAUCUUCAACUAUGAGUCCAUCCUGUGGACUACGGGCACACACGCCAGCAGUGGUGGUGAUGCUGAUGGCUUGGGAGGCAUUGCAGCCCAGGCAGGUUUCAACGCAGGUGAUGGGCACCGCUACUUCAACAUCCCUGGGUCGCGCACAGCAGACAUGGCUGAGGUGGAGACCACCACCAACGUGGGCGUGCCCGGGCGCUGGGCGUUUAGAAUCGAUGAUGCCCAGGUGCGCGUGGGGGGCUGCGGCCAUACAACCUCUGUGUGCCUAGUCCUGCGUCCGUGCCUCAAUGGUGGCAAGUGCAUUGAUGACUGUGUCACGGGCAAUCCCUCCUACACCUGUUCCUGUCUCGCUGGCUUCACGGGGCGGAGAUGCCACCUGGAUGUGAACGAGUGUGCUUCCCACCCAUGUCAGAACGGUGGGACCUGCACCCACGGUGUCAACAGCUUCAGUUGCCAGUGCCCCGCCGGCUUCCAGGGACCCACCUGUGAAUCAGCCCAGUCUCCGUGUGACAACAAAGUGUGUCAAAAUGGUGGCCAGUGCCAGGCAGAGAGCAGCUCUGCAGUAUGUGUGUGUCAGGCUGGAUACACUGGGGCCACCUGUGAGACCGAUGUGGAUGAAUGCAGCUCUGACCCAUGCCUAAAUGGUGGAUCAUGUGUUGACCUGGUUGGAAACUACAGCUGUAUUUGUGUGGAGCCAUUCGAAGGACCUCAGUGUGAGACAGGAAGCUACGUGGUGCCUUCGCCCUGCCUCUCCAACCCCUGCCAGAACGGGGGCACCUGUGUGGAUGCUGACCAGGGAUACGUGUGCGAAUGCCCUGAAGGUUUCAUGGGCUUGGACUGCAGAGAGAGAAUUCUCAAUGACUGCGAUUGCCGGAAUGGAGGCAGAUGCCUGGGUGCCAACACCACCAUCUGCCAGUGUCCUCCAGGCUUCUUUGGGCUCCUCUGUGAAUUUGAAGUCACAGCCACGCCCUGCAACAUGAACACUCAGUGUCCAGAUGGAGGCUACUGCAUGGAGUAUGGCGGAAGCUACCUAUGUGUCUGCCACACGGACCACAAUAUCAGCCACUCUCUGCCCUCGCCCUGCGACUCAGACCCAUGCUUUAACGGAGGUUCCUGUGACGCCCACGAGGACUCCUACACGUGCGAGUGCCCUCGUGGAUUCCAUGGCAGGCACUGCGAGAAAGCCCGGCCACACCUGUGCAGCUCAGGGCCCUGCCGGAAUGGGGGCACAUGCAAGGAGACCGGCGACGAGUACCGCUGCACCUGCCCGUACCGGUUCACUGGGAGACACUGUGAGAUUGGAAAGCCAGACUCCUGUGCCUCUGGCCCCUGUCACAACGGUGGCACUUGUUUCCACUACAUUGGCAAAUACAAGUGUGACUGCCCUCCAGGCUUCUCUGGUCGGCACUGUGAGAUAGCCCCCUCCCCCUGCUUCCGGAGCCCAUGUAUGAAUGGGGGUAUCUGCGAGGAUCUAGGAACAGAUUUCUCCUGCCACUGCCAACCAGGGUAUACAGGACACCGGUGUCAGGCAGAGGUGGACUGCGGUCAGCCUGAGGAGGUAAAACAUGCUACCAUGCGCUUCAAUGGAACUCGCAUGGGCUCGGUGGCCCUGUACACAUGUGACCCCGGCUUCAGCCUGAGCGCCCUCAGCCAUAUGCGUGUCUGUCAGCCACAAGGUGUCUGGAGCCAGCCUCCCCAGUGCAUUGAAGUAGAUGAGUGCCAGUCUCAGCCAUGCCUGCAUAAAGGCUCCUGCCAGGACCUCAUUGCUGGUUACCAGUGCCUCUGCAGCCCGGGGUACGAAGGAGUCCACUGUGAGCUAGAGACAGACGAGUGCCAAGCACAGCCCUGCAGAAAUGGAGGCUCCUGCAGGGACCUCCCCAGGGCUUUCAUCUGCCAGUGCCCUGAAGGUUUUGUUGGAACCCACUGUGAAACAGAGGUGGAUGCCUGUGCCUCCAGCCCCUGCCAGCACGGAGGCCGGUGUGAGGACGGUGGUGGGGCCUACCUGUGCGUGUGUCCAGAGGGCUUCUUCGGCUACAACUGUGAGACAGUGAGUGACCCCUGCUUCUCUAGCCCCUGUGGGGGCCGCGGCUACUGCUUGGCCAGCAACGGGUCCCACAGCUGUACCUGCAAAGUGGGCUACACAGGCAAGGACUGCACCAAAGAGCUCCUCCCACCAACAGCCCUCAGGGUAGAAAGGGUGGAGGAGAGUGGGGUCUCCAUCUCCUGGAGCCCACCUGAGGGCACCACGGCCAGACAGGUGCUGGACGGCUAUGCAGUCACCUAUGCCUCCUCGGAUGGAUCGUCCAGGCGCACGGACUUUGUGGACCGGAGCCGCUCCUCUCACCAGCUUCGGGCCCUGGCAGCCGGCCGUGCCUACAACAUCUCCGUUUUCUCAGUCAAGAGAAACACUAACAACAAAAAUGACAUCAGCAGGCCUGCAGCCCUGCUCGCCCGCACCCGACCCCGCCCUAUUGAAGACUUCGAGGUCACCAACAUUUCAGCCAAUGCCAUCUCAGUGCAGUGGGCUCUCCACAGGAUCCAGCAUGCCACUGUCAGCAGGGUUCGCGUGUCUGUCCUCUACCCUGAGGACACUGUGGUCCAGUCCACGGAGGUGGACAGGAGUGUGGACCGCCUCACAUUUGGGGACCUGCUGCCAGGGAGAAGAUACAGUGUGCGGCUCACCACCCUCAGUGGGCCUGGAGGGGCUGAAUAUCCUACAGAGAGCCUGGCCUCAGCUCCGCUGAACGUGUGGACCCGGCCUUUGCCUCCAGCAAACCUGACUGCCUCUCGAGUCACAGCGACCUCUGCCCAUAUGGUCUGGGACACGCCCACUCCAGGCAUCUCACUGGAGGCUUACGUCAUCAAUGUGACCACCAGUCAGAAUACCAAGAGCCGCUACAUCCCCAAUGGGAAGCUGGUGUCCUAUACGGUGCGUGAUCUGAUGCCCGGUCGGCGGUACCAGCUCUCGGUCACAGCAGUGCAGAGCACAGAGCAGGGCCAGCUGCACAGUGAGCCUGCGCACCUCUACAUCAUCACCUCCCCCAGGGAUGGCACCGACAGGCGCUGGCACCAGGGAGGACACCACUCACGGAUGCUCAGAAAUAGGCCAGCCCCUUUGCGCCUGCCAGAGCUGCGCCUCCUCAAUGACCACGGUGCCCCUGAAACACCAACCCAGCCACCCAGGUUCUCAGAGCUUGUAGACGGAAGAGGAAGAGUGAGUGCCAGGUUUGGUGGCUUGCCCAGCAGAGCAGUAACUGUGAGAUCACAACCCACCACUCCGGUGCCGCUCAAGAACACAGAGGCCCCUGAGCAGGCCCGUCUGGCCCUUCAGCUACCCAAGAACAACAGCAAGGACACAGAAACUACCUCUGGCAGCUGUUCAGAAGACACCUGUCAGAAUGGAGGCACCUGUGUCCCAGGUGCCAAUGCCCACAGCUGUGACUGCAGGCCUGGGUUCAAAGGCAGACACUGUGAGCUUGCCUGUGAAAAAGUGCCCCGCCCCUGCACACGGCUGUUCUCUGAGACCAAGUCAUUUCCUGUUUGGGAAGGAGAUGUCUGCCACCAUGUGUAUAAGAAAGUCUACAAAGUUCACCAGGACGUGUGUUUUAAGGAGCGCUGCCAGAGCACAAGCCUCAAAAAACUCAAACAGGAAUCAAAUUAACAGUCAAACACUGAAGAAAUCUUAAGGUACAUUCUCCUUCAUACCAAGAUCUGUUGAGAACUGGAGACACCAUCAUACCCAGCACCUUGGACAACUGAUGGUGCAAACUUAGCACUGUGCUAUUACAGACCCAACCAGGAAGGUUCCAGAAUUCCCUGUCUAUAGCCUCCCAAUAGACAUAACCUGGUCUGGCCUUCCAUAUGAAUCCACUUUCAGGUGGAAAUGACUCUCUGGGGGAGGGGCAAAUGCAGACCAGUUACAAUGAGGCACAAGAAUCACCUGGCCCCUUCAGGACAGUGGGCCUGGGUGUUAGAUGGAUCAAGGAUGCCAAACAAUCCUGGGGGUACUAGGAAGGACCUAAGGACAUACCCUCAAGCCCUAUGAAUAGCAUUCUACUGGUGGAAAAGGGCGGGGCCUUGUCAUGUAACCUGCAGAUGAUCCUAAAUAGAGCCUCUCACUGGGAGAGAUAUCAUGGAUCCUGGAAUUCUAAGCACUAAUAACCCUGAAGUGAAAGAAACUUUGCCUGCUUGAUCCAGCAUGUCCCACCCCACCUCCCCAUACAUAAACUGUGAGAUGUCAAAGGGCAUUGGAAAAAUUUUUUUCACAAGCCUGGGAAAUACUGGGUUACACUAUAGAGAUCCCUGUAUAGCCUGAACUCAGCCCCAACACUGACUUACUGAUGGGACAUCAAUUGGAAACGAGAGACUGGCUGGCCAGAGACAUUUCACUCCUCUCCCUUGGAGGAGUCAGAACAGUACAUCUGUGCAGUGGUGGGAACGAGGCAGAUCUGGGAGCCUGCCACUCCAGGAGUGAAUCACCUUUGUUCUACAGUGAAGGAGAAAUGUCACCCAAAGGCCUAAAAACAAAGAAGAGCAAAGCAGUUCUGGGCGAAGGUCAUCCGAAGAGAAAAGUGUCUACAGUAAAAGGCAGGGCAUCAGGAGAGCUGGCUCUCAGACAGGCCUAAGCAGGGCCUGUGCAUCGUGACCAUUUCAGAUGUGAAGACUGCAGGAAGAGCAGCUGACCAGACUCAAAUCCUGUCUACUUAACAGCAUCACCUUUUCACCUCAGCCCCCAAAAAUGCACACAACACCCUCCAACACUUGUGAGCAACUUCAUUCUGGCAAAGAUCAAAAAUCCACAAAUUAUUUGGUUUUAAAAUAUUUACAUGGCAGUAAGUCAGAUGAAAUAUUAAUGCAAAAAAAGAAAUAUUAAUGCAUCUUUUAAGAACUCACAGAAAACUCAUUUUUAGAAAAAAAAAAUGAGAAUCCCUAGGUACUUAUCACAUAAUGGCUUAUAGAAAACCUAUUCUCAGAGCAACAAACACACACACACACACACACAUCACACACACCCUCUCUUUCUGAAGAAACCAGAAUUCGCCAUCCACAGCUGCCCUGAGAAAAUGAGCAGUGCCACCCGCCCCUAAGGAAAGGCAGCAGAGGACCAGCAGCAGCAAACUUAAAGCCUGAGGCUGAUUGCAAGUGUCCUAAAAGGUGCGUGUGUCCCUUCCAUCCCGCCCUGCAUCACAGCCAGCUGGAAUUCUGGCUCCUAGGGGACAAUGCCUGCUGCCUCCAGAGAAAGACUGGGUAUAAAGAGGAGUGUGCCUCAGUUCACUGUUACUCCUUUUGUCAAAAGGACCGGCAUGUGCUGGUAAUUCUGUCCACACCUCAAGGAUUUCCAAAACCCAGGAAAUGAGGUUCAAAACUUAAACGCCAAGCUCCCGGCAGUAGGCAGUCUCCCUGAGAUCUCUGUCCUCCAAAUUCUAGAAAAGAGACAGCCAGACAUGCACACCCAAAGGACUCCUGCCAGGGAAGCAACGAUGCACCCUGCUGCAACCCAGGGUUGCUGUUUCCGCAGUUCUGGUCAGUCCCUCUGUGGAGAGUUACCUGUGUUACCAGGCUCUUUGUGAUGCUUCUGUGCUCAGAAACCCACACCCAGAUCCCAGUGCCAAAGAAAAAGACUCAGCUUUCACAAGAGAUGCGAGAGAGGCUGUGCAGAAAUAGAUGGGCUCUACCCUGCUCCUCUUCUCAUUUAUACCGAUGACCUAAAGAAGUGCUAAUUCUACUAUGGUGGGGCUUGGACACUUGGUCUACGACUCAGGGGUGGCAGGGCAGGCAGAUGCUCAGGCAGGAUUUUGGGCUCUGCAGGUAGAAUGACUUGUACCUCUGGCACACACCCAACCCUGCUCCUGUACUGCCAACACCAUCACAGAUGUAGAUAGCAUAGCUGUGUUCCAAUGAGACUGCAUUUACAAAAACAGGCAGCAGGCCAUAGCUGGCAGCUUUAUAAGAUGAUCUAGACCUCAGCCUUCCUUCUGCGGAGAAAACCAUCCUGUAUGACAAGUUGGCAUCAAGACAUGAAAGACCCCUGAACUUUCAUAGAAGAAAAGCGAUCGAGACCCCUGCUCUGAAACCUGAGGUAAACUUACACCACAGAGCAGGAAGAGCUACCUGUUCAAACCUGUGACAAAGGGCAGGCUGGCUCCAGGAGACAGGGUCCAAGGCUUCUUGUAAGCUGUGCCCCAACUAGACAGCUGUGGUUCACCAAAACAAAAAUAUUUUACACAGCCUCCGCUUUCCUUCCCACUCCGAACAAGGCUGUAAACAGCUGUCCUCUCCCUGCAGUAACACCACAAUCACAAAAGCCGACAUACCCUGACUGCUUGCUCCAGUCUGAGCAGAGCUGACUAGAGGUCCAGCACCAAGAACUACAUCCCAACCAGAGAGACCUCCUGCCCUUCAGAGUUCAUAAAACACAGUUUGAGGCAUAACCUUUUAAGUUUUAUUCUCACUAAAAACUUCUGGACCUAUGUUAUCACAUAAUUUUUUUCUCUUUCAAAAACUCACUACUGUACCUUAGAUACUCGCUAGAGUCCUGGAGACCGCAUAAGCUACAGCGUUAGCAGGGAGUGGCAAGCUCAAGUGGCAUCACUGAAGAGCAGAUGGGAUCUUUGUACUUUACUAAUAACCUCAGGGCCCUCACCGCCAGGCCGAUGCUGCCACAUUCCCAUUUCCAGUUGGAGCCUGUGUUUCAAACAAGAGUCAGCCUGUUGACUGCUGAGUGUGGAGUGGAGAAAGACUCGCUGGUGCUGAGGAAUUAGUGUAUGACAUUCCACACAUGCGGUCUCUGCUUUCUUACAUGCCUUUCUUAUGCAGACUAAUUAAAUCCCUCAAAACAGUCACUGUCCACUUAAGAAAUGUCACAGUGGGGGUUGGGGAUUUAGCUCAGUGGUAGAGUGCUUGCCUAGGAAGCGCAAGGCCCUGGGUUCGGUCCCCAGCUCCAAAAAAAAGAACCAAAAAAAAAAAAAAAAAAGAAAUGUCACAGUGGAAUCAGAAUCUAAUGGACAAGGUGGAGUGUGGAGAUUUUUGUGUUAAACUGAAGAGGCAUUCAUGAGUUGUUGGGUUCACCAUUUGCUAAUCAAAACUUAAGAUGAACAGACACCUAAUUGAGCUCAGGGCUAGGGUUCUAUUCAGUUCUGAUGGAGCCCAAAGCCAAAUGCCCUAUGUUCAGGGAGAGUGGAGAUCAUGUCAAGGCCACAAAGGAAGAGUAAGCAGCAAAGAAUGGAUCAUUGGUCUUAGUUUCGUCCACAGCCAAGAACAGGCAGAAGGCAUUCCCUUUCUUUACCACCUAUGGGAUGUUGGGAUAGACAGGAUGGCUUUCUGUGGUGAGUCCAACAGGCAAGGACCCGCCCUUGCCAGGAAUAAGCCUGCCUCACACAGCUGCCAAAGUCAGAACUCCUGACUGUGUGCAGGAGAAUCUGGGAAUGACUGCUUUCCUUGAACACCCUCCUCUUUGCAAUCAGGCUCCAGGCAAGUCAAAAGCCCCACACCUUGGUGCUGGUUCCUUACAAAACACACCUCAGAUCCAGCAAGACCUCUACUUUAAACAGAAAUACCUGGGGUCCAGUUACAAUCCAAAGUUGUUGUAGUCACAGGACUUUCAUGGGCCAGGUCUUUGAGCAGUUUCUCAGCAUUGGCAUUGCUUUGUGGACUGAUGUGUGGUGCAAUGUACAAUCUUUUAUAACAUCCCUGGCUCUGACAAGAUCCCAAUGCCAUGACAUAAAAAAUAUCCCCAAAGAUUAUCAGGUGUCUGGAGGACCAAGGUCAUUCUCACAUAAGCACUGAAUUCAGUCUAAACACAAGGCCCACAUCGGGGUUUCACAUGACUGUUAAAUGCCACCAAAUGGGGAAAAAAUACGAGCAAAGCAUUCCUGACUUUGGUCUCUGAGCAGCUCACUCUUUAGCACAGGCUACAGAGCCAGAGAGAUAGGGGGCCUUGAGGUGGCAGCUUGCCCAAGCAGGAAGGGUCAGGUCAGCAACUGCAGAGAAGUGUAUUGCUAGUCUGACAACUGUGACUAAAGGUCAUGUUACUAACCAACUGCCUCACUCUGCUGUACAUUCGACAUGUCAGAAGGCCGGGAAAUGGUGUCGGAUAAAGAACAUGCCUAUCGUGUGGGAAACCUGCUACUUGUUCUCAUUAAAUAAAGUGCUAUGACAUACUAACCCUCA